UCGCUUGGUACAAACCCUUGUUCUUGCUGCUCAAAGUCUCUCUCUCUCUCAAAAACCCACAAAUUGAGUUCAGAAGUCACUCAGCACCAUGGAUCUUCAUACCACCUGAUAUUCAAGGCAUCUAGGGUAAACCCAUUUCACCAAAUUGUCUCAAACUUUCAAAAUACCCACAAAGUCUUCACCGGUAGCAGCAAAACAUCGAACUCAACCCUAAUUUCAACUGCAGCAACCAUUAAUUCUUCCCUAUUCUUCAUCAUGAACUCUGAGUCACCCAUCAAUAUCCUUUAAUUCUUCAAUUUCACCAGAAAUUUCAAAACCCUUGUUUAAUUUCUCCAUUAUCAUUAUCACCCAAAUCUUAAUUCAGUCCCGAUUAAGAACAAAAACCCUAGCCUUUUCAUAAUUUAGACUCGAUUCUUCUUCUUCAUUCAGAGGUAUGGAAGAGGAGGUUGUGAAUUUGCUUAUGGCACCACUCACAUUACAUCUAGAUCAGGGAUCUCUCAGAGAUGGUGUUUUUUAUGAGUAUCCAGGAUUAUUAGGAUUAACUAAAGUUGUUGGAUGGGAUGUUCCUGAUGAAUUAGUUGAUAAAUAUAUUCCUCUAGAAUUUUUAGAAGGUGCUGAAUAUAAUCAUAUUCCCAACUACAUUGGGAAGGUAAAAUAUAGUAACAAAUGGUAUCACCUUUUUCAUGGCUAUCACCAUCUUCUAAAUAACUUACCAGAGAAAUUCAAGAAUUGGGUGCUGUAUGAGUAUAAUUUGGAAGGUGGUUUCUAUCCUUACCAAAUAGAUGACUUGAUGAAACUCAUUAUAAGAUCAGGUGCAGAAGCUUUGGAAGAGUUGAGGGAGAGAGGUGUAUCCCAUGGUUCUGUUAAAGAACGCAACAUUGUAUUCAUACUUAAUCAUGCACAUAGAAUAUCUUCAGUGAAGUUGAUGGGAUUUACUUACAAUCAGCAUAAAUCAAAGUGGAAGCAAGAUUUCUAUGAUUUUGGGAUAGUGAUCAAGAGUCUUCUUGGACCUUAUGAUAACUUUCCUGAGGCGUUAGAUUUUGUCGCCAGAUUUGACGGAUCGCACAGGAAUACAAAAUUGAUGCAAGCAUUCAAGAAGGAUCCAAGAUCUGUUGAACGGCAUCUAAUCUGCUGGAUUGCUGAAAAGGGUCUGAGUUUCUUAAUCAGACUUGCUGAUUGGAUGGAUGGUUAUAGAUCAAAAUCUCUUGAUAAAGUGAAUUAUAAAAUGAGUUAUAGUGAUCAUAUGUUAUAUGAUGCCAUUCAGCAAAUAGACACUGUUGAUUGGAAACGAGGCUUGCCAGCUUAUAUUAUGAAGACCCUUCCUUACACCGAAUUCAACUCAUCUGAAGAAUUUCUCAAAUUUGGAAGAAAUCACCACCUACACAGUGCCAGCGAUCCUGGAGCUUUUCAGAAGUUUUUUAAAGUUACGCCAGAGGGUUACUACAAGGUGUUUAAAGCUCAAAAUCCCGAGUUUAUGAUGGACUGUUAUAAUGCGGUGGAAGAGUUUUUUGAGGGAGAUAGUGGUGUUGUUGAACCGGAAUGGUUCGAUCACUUUUUAAUCUCCCCAAGUCACUUAUGGUAGAAGUAUAGAGAAGAAGAAAUAGAAGCAACAAAGAUUGAGUAUGUACUGAGUGGUUCACUUUUGGGUUUCUAGUGGAGUAAUGGGUCUGGUGUUCAGAUGGGGUAUGUAUGGAAGAUUCAUUGCUUUUGGAUCGAAAUAAUCUUGUCUUGGUAGUCUUAUCGUUCGAGCUCCACUUGGAUUUUGUCUCAUGAUCGGAGAGAGGGUGAAGAUGCUUUCCCUGUCAAGGUUUCUUUUCCUCUUGAUCGAUAUGAGAGGGUAUAUGCCAGGCGCACCGAUGAUUUCUUUUAUCUCAGACUAUUUACUACAUAGUGUAUUUCCCUUAUUUUCUUAGUUAAAACUCUAGUAUACGUGGAAAGUGUUUGUAAUGAUGUGAU